AUGCCCUCAACCUCCUCCCGCGCGGAGGCCGCCUGUCCUGCCUGCCAGAGGCCACUGAAGGACGCAGUGACCCCCAGCUGUGGACACACCUUCUGCCCACGGUGCUUACCCCCAUCUUACUACAUGGGGGCACAGCACUCUGGCCGGGUCCUGCUCUGUCCCCUCUGCAAGGAGGAAGAGAAGACAGAGACCUUUGUGGCCCCUGUGCCACUGGGCCCUCUGGGGGAGACUUACUGCGCGGAGCAUGGGGAGAAGAUCUACUUCUUCUGUGAGAAUGACACCGAGUUCCUCUGUGUGCUGUGCAGGGAAGGCCCGGCCCACCAGGCCCACGCGGUGGGCUUCCUGGACAGCGCCAUCCAGCCCUACCGGGACCGUCUCCGAAGCCGGCUGGAAGCUCUGCGCGGGGAGAGAGAUGCGAUGGAGGACGUGAAGGGUCGGGCAGACCAGAAGCUCCACGUGCUGCUGAGCCAGAUCGAAAGCAGGAAGCAGCAGGUGGAAGCAGCUUUUGAGAGGCUGCAGCAGGGGCUGAGGGAGCAGCAGUGUUUCCUGCUGGCCAGGCUGAGUGAGCUGCAGCAGCAAGUCUGGGAGGAGAGGGACAAGUACAUCUCCACGGUCACUGAGGAGGUCGCCCGGCUUGGAACCCAGGUCAAGGAGCUGGAGGAGAAAUGUCAGUGGCCAGCAAAUGAGCUUCUACAAGACGUCAGAGUCAGCCAGAGCAGGUGUGAGAUAAAGACUUUUGUGAGUCCAGAGGCCAUUUCUCCUGAACUUGUCAAGAAGAUCCGAGAUCUGCACAGGAAAAUUCUCACCCUCCCAGAGCUGAUGAGUACCUUCUCAGAAAACUUGGUGUGCCACCUGGAAACAGAUUCAGGGAUCGUCACUCUGGACCCUCAGACCGCCAGCCGGAGCCUGGUGUUCGCAGCGGACAGGAAGUCAGUGAGGUGCACCCGGCACAAGCAGAGCCUGCCCAACCCCCCCCCCCCCCCCGCGCUCCCAGAGCCUCUCGGCUUCUCCUCAGGGCGCCACCGCGGGCAGGUGGCAGUGCAGCUGGGGGGCUGCACUGAGGGGGGGGUGGCGAUGGAGGCGGUGAAAAGGAGUGGGGAGCAGGGCCUGGGCAGUGCCCAGGGCGUCUGGGCCGUGGUCAUCUCGCACCGUAAGUGCUGAGCCGGUACCUGCCUGGGCACCGACCUGCCGCUGGGCGACGUCCCGCGCAGCAUGUCCGUCGCCCUGGACCUCGAGGCAGGGCGGGUGAGCCUGCUCAACGCCGACACCCAGGCGCCCAUCUUCACUUUCACCGCCUCCUUCUCUGGCAGAGUCUUUCUUUCCUUUGCUGUCUGGACAAAGGGUUCCUGCCUUACUUCGAAAGGCUGA